UCCUCUUGUCACCCCCGGAUACGCAGGGUUCAUUUCUCUAGGGCAGGCUGGUUCCGUUGCCCUGAAACUGAACUGGAGUUUGAGGUGAGGGCAGCAGUGACCAUCCGCUAUGGAUACGGCUCCUGGAGGCAGCAUCUGACUGAAUCGCAGCAGGAGCAAUGGAUGGUGGCUGGCCCUUUGUUUGACAUCCGAGUGGAACCGACUGAGGCUGUGGCAGCCAUUCACCUCCCGCACUUCCUGUGUCUCAGAGAUGCCGACAAGUCCUGGAUGCAUAUUGCCCAUUUCAUCGAUGAAGGGAUGAUCCUGGAGAACCCAACGCAGGUGAGGUUGUUCCACGCCGUGCUGGAGAACCCCAGCUUCUCUCUGAUUGGAGUGUUUUGGAGGAGGGAGAGUUCUGUUCAGCGUAUUCCGAUCCAUUCCAUUGUACUGCUCUACCAGGCACAAAAGAGAGUUAAUCUAACCCUCCACCUCUACCUGAUACCUGACGACGGCUCACGGGUCAAGGCAGUUGAUGUCUAUGAAGAGAAGUGCCGGUCAUGGUUUGUGUCUAAGUCUCAUUUCACCUCUAAACCCUUGUGCUUCGGCUCUCGCUGCAUUGUGUCCAGUCCAUCGGAAAUAACAGUAACACCCAAAGAACUGCCAUUUUUGGAUAAACCUGCAGAUGCUCUUCAACCAUUCACAGAGAUCCACACCGAGGAUGUAAAGGAGGAGCUGGAGCUCAGCCUGGUAGAGAAAAAUGAUGAGAAGCCGAUCUGGGCGGCUGUCAUCAGACCAGAGGACCUGAUGCCUUCUGUUUCAUCCACUAAGAUGCGAACAGACACACAUUUUGUUGACCAACACCGAGAACAGCUGAUCCAGCGGGUGACUGCAGUGGACGGCAUCCUGGAUUCACUGCAUGGCCCCGUUCUGGAUACUGAACAAUACCAGCGUGUCAGAGCCGAGAGAACCAACCCAGACAAGAUGCGGAAGCUGUACGAGCUGUUCCCGAGCUGGAAUUCAGACUGCAAAGAAAAGCUCUACCAGGUGCUGAAGGACAAACACAGACACCUGGUUGAAGAGCUGAGUGGAAAUAGAUGAAGGCAGCUCUCCCUCCUCUCAGAGAUUGUUUGCAUUGGGAGGGGUUAAUCCACAGGUUUUUGGUGUGAAUCAUGUAACUCACAAUAUGCAAACUGCGAUAAUAGUGUGCACAUGGGACACCUGUUCCAUGUUUCAGUUUGCAUCGUGUGUACACAGCAGAGGCUUGCUAUGUACUAUGCGUGCAGCAUUCUUAGAGGGUAUCCCACACUCCUUUGCCUUGGCGCUGAGCACUGUGCAUUCUGUGAUUGUUCUCGCUGUGAAUUGUGGGAUACGUAGCUGAAGCUGGCCGGGUUCAAUUUUUAAAAAAAAAGAAAAAUCCCAUAGCUCGGUGCCAUGUGCUGGCGACCUGGAAUUUACAGAUGCCGCUAGGGCUAUUGUUCAACUGAAUGAAUUUGGCUUUGGACGUUGCCUGCUGCACUACCGCACACAUGAUAAUAGAAAACAGGUUGCUGGAGCAGCUUCACAGAAUGCAGCGCCAUUUCUGGGCGCAGGAAACCAGCACAGACCAGUGGGAAAGGAUUGUUCUGAAGACCUAGAGUGACCACCAGUGGUGAGAGAAGUUCUGGAUGGGGAAGACAACUCUUUCUUGAGGUAGCACUGUAACCCUGGAGCUGCAAUGGCACCAAGAUGUGGACAAGCAGGUUGCCAUUGCCAUCUGGAAUCUGGCCACCUAAAUAAUACCAGUACAUAGCAAACCAAUCUGAUGUAGGAAGGUCGAUUGUUGGGGCCGUUGUCAUGCGGGUAUGUGAUGCCAAGGAAAAGGUACUGUGGCACCAGAUUCUAAAGCUUGGUCAUACUCAGGAGAUUAUUGAUGGCUUUGCAUACGUGGGUUCCCAAACUCCAUUGGGGCAAUUGAUGGAUCCUAUGUGCCUAAUAUUUGCCUCCCCUCCUCCCCCCCCUUCUUCCCCUCCACCCGAGUGCAGAAUUUAUAAACAGAGAGGGGAUUCUCUGUGGUGCUCCAAGACCUGGUUGACCACCUGGUUUGUUUACAGACAUGAAUGCAGGGUGGCUGGAUCGAUGGUGAUAGGAUCUUUUUGACCUCAGGCCUAUUUAUCUUAUUGGAGAAAGGACUGCUUACCCCCAGGAACACUAUGGGCAUUGCUCCAGUUAUCCUGGGAAACCCAGUUCAUCUUCUGCUUCCUGGUUAAGGAAGCCAUUCACAGGCCGCUUGGACAGAAGGAAGGAACUGUUCAACUCUCACCUCAGUAGUUGCAGAAUGGUAGUGGAGUGUGCAUUUGGGCAUUUGAAAGAGAGGGGGCGCUGUUUGUAGAAUAGGCUGGAAGCAGUAGAAAAAAGCAUUCCAACGAUUAUAGCAGCAUGUUGUAUUUUGCGCAGUAUUUGUGAGGGGAAGGAUGAAGGCCGUAGCCAUGGGUGGGAGGUUGAGGUGCAGAGACUUGUGCAGAGGUCUGAGCAGCCAGCAAGGCUUCCCACAGAAAAUGGAAACAGUCGGGGCAAUAUUGUCAGGGAUGCCUAUUUGCUCUUAUCUUGAGUUCAGCCCUGAUAAUGUUCAGCCGUGUAUCCAGCUGUCAACCUGUGAGGAGAGGGGGUUGUGGGAAUGAACUGUGAGCUGUGCAGUUUUGUUUAUUGGUGGUGGCAGAGGGACAUUGGGGCAAUCCUUGUUUUACCUUCCGUCUUUGCCUGUACCCUUGGUAAAACCCUGUGAAUUAUUUCAGUUUUACAGCUUUUCUGUGUUAAUGCACUGAGUCAUCAGGACUGAAGUUUUAACAGCUUUUGUUAUGAAACAACAAUCAAUUGUGUAAAACAAAAAUAAACCUUUAAUUGAACUGA